GUGAGGGGUACAGCUGCUGUCACACACUGAAGGUAACACCGGCGGUUACAGGUUGAGCCAUGAGGCACCUGGUCUUCCUCCUCCUCCCAGCCCUGCUCCUGCUGUUGGCCCUGCCAGACACUAGGGGGCGCUACAACGACGACUUUGAUGACGGUGAGGACAUCGCUGAAUUUGAUGACAAUGACUUUGCAGAGUUUGAGGAUGUCAGCGAGGAUCCAGCUGUGGAUGUGGAGAAAGAACCACCACCUCGACCAGCUCCUUCGUCUACCCCUGUAGAGGAUGACGAAGACGAGGCCACGGUGGAGAACGAAGACGGCCAGGAUGAGUUUGAAGAUACAGAUGCACAGGAUCAAGACAUGUACAACAAAUAUGACACUGACGAGUUUGAAGGCUACGAGAAGUCUAAUCCUUCAUUCAAAGACACUCUUAUAUACAGAGAGGUCCCAGCACACUUGCAGAACAGCUGGGAGAGUUAUUACAUGGAAAUCUUGAUGGUCACUGGACUUCUUGCAUACAUUAUGAACUACAUAAUUGGCAAAAAUAAGAACAGCAGACUCGCACAGGCCUGGUUUAAUUCCCACAGAGAACUUCUGGAGAGCAACUUUGCCCUUGUUGGUGAUGAUGGUACCAGUAAGGAAGCCACCAGUACAGGGAAGCUAAACCAGGAGAACGAGCACAUCUACAACUUAUGGUGUUCGGGACGGGUCUGCUGUGAGGGGAUGCUCAUUCAGCUGAAGUUUCUGAAAAGACAGGACCUGCUGAAUGUGCUGGCCAGGAUGAUGAGACCAACCUGUGAUCAAGUGCAAGUUAAAGUGACUCUAAAUGAUGAGGAUAUGGACACCUUUGUGUUUGCUGUGGGAAGUCGGAAGGCCAUGGCACGGAUGCAGAAGGAGAUGCAGGACCUGAGUGAGUUCUGUGGCGAUAAGCCCAAAUCAGGGGCAAAAUAUGGCAUCCCUGACUCUCUGACCAUUUUAUCAGAGAUGGGAGAGGUCACGGAUGGAGUGAUGGACAACAAGAUGGUACAUUAUCUCACCAGUCAUGCUGAUAAGAUUGAGUCCAUCCAUUUUUCGGACCAAUUCUCUGGUCCAAAAGUUAUGCAAGAGGAAGGUCAGCCCUUAAAGCUGCCCGAGACCAAGAAAACACUGCUGUUUACAUUUAACGUGCCUGGGAUGGGUAACACGUCUCCCAAAGAUAUGGACAGUCUGCUGCCUCUGAUGAACAUGGUGAUUUACAGCAUCGACAAGGUCAAGAAGCUCCGCCUCAACAGAGAAGGGAAACAGAAAGCCGACAGAAAUCGUGCUCGCGUGGAGGAGAACUUCCUGAAACAGACUCAUGCUCAGCGCCAGGAGGCCGCUCAAACACGCCGUGAAGAGAAGAAAAGAGCUGAGAAGGAAAGGAUCAUGAAUGAGGAGGAUCCUGAGAGACAGCGUCGCUUGGAGGAAGCCGCCCAGCGACGGGAACAGAAGAAGAUGGAGAAGAAGCAGAUGAAAAUGAAGCAGAUCAAAGUGAAAGCCAUGUGAGACGGAUACAAACACGCAUACACACACACACACACACACACACACAUACACUCAUAUUCAUUAGAGACAGAAUCUACUACUUCCACACCUGCUAUUGUACACUUUUCUUCAUGAAUGUGCAUGCCAUUCGAUUGGCUGCUGUUGCACCCAUAGAAACGCUCUGUUUAAUAGGAAGAUUGGCUGUUGAGGAGUGAAUCUGAUCUUUAAAAGACAACUGUAUUGGAGAUGGUCUGUUCAAACAGCUUGAACUUGUUUCAUUGUAGCAGCCAUUUCAAUCACAAGUUUUCGACAUAACUGCAUGACUGUUUUUAUUGCAAUAGGGUCAAGAAUGUUGCUUUUUGUGGGCUUUGCUGUAAUAAACUGGACUUUUUAGGCCUCAUCAAACCAACUUUUCCAAUUCAGAUGUCUCUCGGAGUUCAGUGUUGACCUUCCAAAGCUUUAUCGUGCUUUAGAGAUUUCACUUCAUCUCGUGAAAGUUUCAGCUAUGCUUCUUUUAAAAGUGAAAUCAGGGAGUGUUUUUAAAAGGAAAUGGGUGGGUAAGAAAGCUUUUUGUACUACAGUGCUUCCUUAGCCAUAUUUCUAUGAGUCCAUGAUCGCGAGUGUUUUAUAGAUGAGUAAAAGGCACAUUAUCACUGUCUUUCAAUCUCUUUCUGUUUUUUUUAUGAGCAAAGGCCCACUGUGAAUUGUCACUGUCGAGGCAGCACAAACUCCUCCUUUAUACGUAUUUAAUAGAGGUGAAUUUUUAAUUUAUCGUUAAGUUAAUAGUCAAUCAGAGCAUCCAAGAGCUUAUAUCAUGUUUAUGAGUGAACAUUGACUGUAACAUUUUUUCUGUAACAUUUGUUAAUGAGACGCUAACUAAAUAAAACAUUCAUUAAAAUGA